AGAGCCUCAAGCGCUCUGUAUGAUAGAGACUGACUGUUUAUAUUUUUAAAUGUAAUUGUGGUACGGUUGCAUUUACGAUCGAAGAUUCAAAAUGAAGAUAAGCGUGGACGGUUUGAUUGUUUACUUUCCCUAUGAUUACAUAUAUCCAGAGCAAUAUGCAUACAUGCUGGAGCUCAAGCAAGGACUCGAUGCAAAGGGUCACAUACUACUGGAGAUGCCUUCAGGUACGGGUAAAACAGUUACCCUGCUAUCUCUCAUUGUUGCCUACAUGAUGGAGCAUCCGACAGAAAUCACAAAGUUGAUUUACUGCUCUCGUACAAUUCCAGAAAUUGAAAAAGUUGUCGAAGAGUUGAAGAAGCUGAUAGCUUAUAUUGAAAAGGAGACCCAAGUCACACCUAAUAUUAUUGGUUUAGUUCUCAGUUCAAGAAAAAAUAUGUGUAUACAUCCUGAAGUCAGCAAAGAAAGAGAAGGAAAAAUCGUUGACAGUCGUUGUCAUGCAUUAACUGCAUCUUAUGUUAGAGACAGACACAAUUACGAUGAUUCUGUCCCAGUCUGUAGUUUCUAUGAAACAUAUGACAUAGAAGGACGAGAAAUGACCAUUCCAUCAGGUGUAUACUCCAUUGAUGAUAUGAAAGACUUUGGCAGAGAAAAGAACUGGUGUCCUUACUUUUUGGCUCGUUACACUUUAAUGAAAGCUCAAAUAGUUGUGUACAGUUAUCACUACUUAUUAGAUCCUAAGAUAGCGGAAGCAGUAUCAAAAGAAUUAGCUAAAAGUUCUGUUGUAGUUUUUGAUGAGGCCCAUAAUAUAGAUAAUGUUUGCAUAGAUUCGUUAAGUGUUAAAGUAAAUAGAAGAAUAAUGGAAAAAAGUUGUGCAAAUAUAGCCAUUUUAGAAAAAACAAUUCAAGAGAUGCGCGACGAUGACGCGAAUAAAUUGAAAGACGAAUAUCAUAAACUCGUAGAAGGUCUGAAGGAUGCACAAAGUAAUCGUGAAACAGAUAUGGUCCUGGCCAAUCCUGUCUUACCCAACGAAAUUUUAGAUGACGUGGUACCGGGCAACAUUCGCAAAGCCGAGCACUUCGUGGCCUUCCUCAAACGCUUCGUCGAGUACCUGAAGAUGCGACUGCGCAUCCAGCACGUCGUGCAAGAAACGCCGGUGACUUUCUUGCGCGACAUCCAGACGAAGAUCUGCAUAGAGCGCAAACCUCUGCGUUUUUGCGCCGAGAGGCUGUCGUCGCUGCUGCGUACCCUGGAGAUCAACAACUUGACGGAUUUUUCUCCGCUCAUACUCGUCUCGCAUCUGGCCACGUUGGUGUCGACCUACGUCAAGGGCUUCACCAUCAUCAUCGAGCCGUUCGACGAUAAAGCCCCAACGGUGCACAAUCCCAUACUGUAUUUCUCGUGCAUGGACUCGUCGAUAGCCAUGAAACCGAUCUUCGACAGAUUUCAAUCAGUUGUUAUUACAUCGGGAACUCUGUCACCCUUAGAUAUGUACCCUAAAAUUUUAAAUUUCAAUCCAGUCGUCAUGUCGUCGUUCACUAUGACACUGGCUCGGCCGUGUUUAUUGCCAAUGAUCGUUUCGAAAGGCAAUGAUCAAGUAGCCAUAUCGUCAAAGUUCGAAACUCGAGACGACGUCGCCGUUAUCAGAAAUUACGGUCAACUGUUGGUAGAAUUAUCGGCUAACGUACCCGACGGCAUCGUUUGUUUCUUCACAUCGUACUUGUACAUGGAAUCCGUAGUAGCAGCUUGGUACGACCAAGGCAUACUCGAUCAGAUUCAGCGUUACAAGCUCAUCUUCAUCGAGACGCAAGACGCGGCGGAAACGAGCCUGGCUCUGCAUUACUACAACAAAGCCUGCGACAAUGGACGCGGUGCCGUUCUUCUGUCCGUCGCUCGUGGCAAAGUCUCCGAGGGUGUGGAUUUCGAUCAUCACUUGGGUAGAGCCGUCCUCAUGUUUGGCAUACCCUACGUUUACACGCAAUCCAGGAUACUCAAAGCGCGCCUGGAGUAUCUGCGAGAUCAAUUUGGGAUCAAGGAAAAUGAUUUCCUUACGUUCGACGCCAUGAGGCACGCAGCUCAGUGCGUCGGUCGCGCUAUCAGAGGAAAAACCGAUUACGGUAUUAUGGUUUUCGCCGAUAAGAGAUUUUCGAGGAUCGAUAAGAGGAGCAAGUUGCCAAAGUGGAUACAGGAGUAUCUCACGGAUGGUCUCUGCAACUUAUCAACAGAGGAAGCUGUACAGAUUUGCAAGCGAUGGUUGCGACAAAUGGCUCAGCCGUUUUCCCGGGAAGACCAGCUUGGUCUGUCUCUCCUAACGCUCGAGCAAUUACAGAACAAGGAAAAGGAAAAGCUCGAUCAGAUGGCUCGAGAAAACUAACGAGGUUUAUAGUUUUGUUUUAUCUUUUUGUUUGUUUUUUUGAGAUUCGACGUAAUUCUUUGAAAAU